AGUAUAACAAGUAUAUAAGCUCAGGUGUUGAAAAUUUGAUUUAUAUAUGUCAAAAACUGAUGCGUUCCCCCUUUCCCGGCGCUGUAAAUCAGUGUAAGCUGCGAGUGCUCGUGAGGUGUGAGGAACUGAAAAAGGCUCCUCGCGCGGGUGAUUGUUGUGCGCGAUAAAACACGUAGUGUAUCCAGUUGUGUAGCAAACAUACAAACGUUUACGUGUGUGCAAUUAUUCGGUAAUGUCGGCUGCAACAUCUGCGCAAACGGAUCGGGCUAUUUGCAUAUGCUGUCGUCUUGUGAUAAGGUGUAGCUGUCUCCAUGGCGACCAGCGUGGUUCCCGGGGACAACUUACCCACGUAUAAACUGGUGGUGGUGGGAGACGGAGGGGUGGGAAAGAGCGCGCUCACCAUCCAGUUCUUUCAGAAGAUCUUCGUCCCUGAUUACGACCCCACCAUUGAAGACUCAUACCUCAAACACACAGAGAUCGACGGACAAUGGGCCAUUCUGGACGUUCUGGACACUGCUGGGCAGGAGGAGUUCAGUGCGAUGAGAGAGCAGUACAUGAGGACAGGAGAUGGGUUUCUCAUUGUCUUCUCCGUGACCGAUAAAGCCAGUUUUGAACAUGUGGACCGUUUUCACCAACUUAUACUGAGAGUGAAAGACAGGGAGUGUUUUCCUAUGGUUCUAGUGGCAAAUAAAGUCGACCUGGUGCAUUUACGUAAAAUCACCAGUGAGCAAGGAUGCGAAAUGGCUUCCAAACACAAUAUUACGUAUAUUGAGACGAGUGCAAAAGAUCCGCCCAUGAAUGUAGACAAAGCAUUUCACGAGCUCGUCAGAGUGAUACGUCAGCAGAUCCCAGAACGGGGCCUAAAGAAGAAGAGAAAGACCAAAUGGCGGGCGGACAGACCUUCGGGGUCCCAGAGACUGCACUGCAUUGUACUGUGACAGCACAUCUCUAUCUCUGGGCGUCAAAGCCAUGAUGAUGACUCCGUGACACGGACUGUUAAAACACACACACACACACGUUGGUGCGGAUAUCCUCAUGAGGACUCUCCAUAGAUGUAAUGAUUUUUAUACUGUACAAACUAUUGAGUCUAACCCUAAUUAUGGGGACACUAGAAAUGUCCUCAUAAACCACAUUUAUAGCAUAAUACCCUUGUAAUUACCAGUUUGUAACCUAAAAAAAAUUUCCUCGUAAACCACACAUACACACACACACACACACACUUACCUACGAUAAGAUCCAGGAACUUGAAAACACAGUUUGAAGAUUCCAUAACUUAUGAUAAAAAUGCAGGAAUUUCAGUUACUGGAAUAAAAAUGUGUGGAAUCUUCUUAAAAAAGUGAAGUCCUGGAAAAUAUGGCAGGAUUUUAGCGCUGUUCAGUCUCUUAAUCUCUCAGAGAACAAUUCAAAGACAUCUCCUCUGAGGCCUUGUUUUGUAUUGUGUUUCUUUAUUUAUUGUGCUGAAUUAUAUAUAUUGUCGAGUGAUUGUUAAACAUUAAGACUUUUGGAAAGGUCUGUUCUGGGAAUGUUCUGACCUGUAAUGAUCAGAAUUCAAGUUGAACUGGCAUUACAUAAAUAGAUACAGACAUUACAAAAGAAUCCUCCCCCAAUUUAGGGAAAAAACGAAUGUCAGUUACCACACCUACGUAUAGUUACUUAUUCAUUUCUAAAGGGAAAUUUAAGAUUCAUUUUCACUGUAAAAUGUUUUGUUUAAUCUACGGGGAAACAAUAGCAACUGUGCCAUGUAAAUUACAGUUAAAUUUAUAUAUUUGAAAAAAUUUAAGCAUUUGCAUUAUAUGUAAUUUAAUGAACAGGGUAACACAUAUUAGUCUAAAAUAAUUAAAUUAACACUAAAUAACAAAAUCUAAACACAUGUUAUGGGAUUGCUAAUUUAUAUUAUUUUAUAGCUCAUUUUAUUCAAUUGAAUGUCAGGAGGAAUUUUUGGCAUGUUUUUUUUUUAUUCCAAAUUUGUUCAAAAUUUUAUAUGCCCUUAGAAAUGAAUGGGUAACUAUGGUAACCAGGAUUUGAUUCCCACACUCUUAGCCACGUGCCCAAAAUGUGACUUGCCAAUUUUAUCUAUAAAAAUUCAAAGACAAAAUGCUGUUCUUUGAUCAGGUCCCCUUUGAAAAUUGAAUGUUAUAAAUCAGGAUAUGAAGGACAUUAGCUGAUUGUAGGUCAGUAAUCACACAAUAAAAGUUUUGUACAUUUAAUGCCUGAUCUCGCAUACGUUGCCAUAAAAAUGGAGUAAAUCAGUAAUUGCACAAAAACAUUACAGUGUUACAUUGUCUUUGAUGCUUUGUUACAUAAUUAUAACAGUGUACAUUGUUACAUCAUAGAACAUUAUGAAGUUAAUUGAUCAAAGUGUGAGUUCCAUUUUGAUCUCGGUUGUAUUUUUAUAUAUAUGUUUUUUUAGUUAUUUUAUUUUUUGCUUGUUUUAAAUGCAUCGUCACUUUACUUUGAAUGUGUUUUCACUCAUUUUUAAAGUUCUCAUUGAUGUUUUGAAUGUAUUGUCUGUUGUUCUAUACACCAAUUUCUCAACUUUGCUUUUUGAGAAAAGUCCAGCUUUAGUGUUUAUGUUAAAGGAACAUCGUCCAGGUAGCCAGUUUAGGCUACAUGGUUUGUUUUGUGAUGGUAUGUUGCAUUUUAUUAUUAUUUUUUUUGUGGUAACUUUAAUCUUACGAAAGCAAAUCUGUUUUGGUUCAAAAACUGGAGAAUGAGAUCUUAAUAUUUUUUAAUUUGUUUUCGUUUGAAACCUGGUGCAAAUUUUGUGGAUCAAUUAUUAAUGAAAAAAAUGUGCAGCUUUUUCUUUAAUAAUUUAUUAUACAAGUUCUGUGUAUUCUUUGACCAUGUUUGUAUGAAGAUCAUGAAACUGCUCUGAUAAAGACGGGAUUUUUUUGCAUCAGGAAUAUUGUAAGAAUUGUAAAGUGGAAUAUAAACCUAUUAUGAUAAUAAUAAUA